UGGUCAUAAGCAUGAACAAUAGGCUGCAAUUUUACUUUACUUUGAGGAUUAGGUGAGAGGCAGCAAAAUAGAAAAUACUGGGGAGGACAAAUGAGGUGAAAAGAAUUGAUUAGUAUGAAUUUAGCGGUGAUCCAAAAUGGGAGGUAUAUUCCAAUUUGACAAGGCAGGAACUGAAGAACAUGAUGGCAUCUUAUCAUUGUAUCUAAAAUAUUGUAACUUUAUUGAAAUGUCUUAAGUGGACUGAGUUGGACAAAUGCUCUUUUCAUUUCUUUAUUUAUUUAUUUAAUUUUUAUUUUUUAUAUUUCCGCCCGAUACUUCUUCUAUCUACGUCGGUAUCCAUUUCUUCAAAAGACUGUCAGUUUCUUAAUCAGAAAACUGGAAACUCUGGUCAGAAUAGAAUCAUUUCUUUCUCAAUCUCUCUCACCCUCGUUUCUCGAGCCUCAAGUAGUUUUUGGUAAAAAUCUUCAAGCAAGUCCGCACUUUCAGAGUUGCCUUUUUGCGUUUUCUGUCUCUCUGUUUCUUCUACUCUGUUUUUUUAUUUUUACAUUCUAAAUUUAGUCAAAGAUCAAGAAGGUCCAACACCCAUUUUUUUUUUUUUAUAAAGUAGAUCCUGUUCCAUUUAUGGUCCCUUCUUGAAUUCUUCUUCUGUGAACGAAAACCAUGACUUAGAGAUUAUGUGAAUAUCAUCACCAAACCCCUCAACUUGUUUUGCUGAUUUGAGCGGCGGCUGGGGUUACAUUCUUUUGAUUUGAUUUUUUUUUCUGGUUCAUUUAGAAUGGCACCGAGCUCUGUAGUGGUCACACUGGAGAAACCCGGUGGAAUAGCUCUGGUAGAAAUAAAUGAUGAGAAUUCAUCACUAUUGCAAGACAAGCAAAAAGGGGCUCGCCCAAAGCAAUUUCUAUCACUCAUGUUUCUCAAAGCACAGAGAGCUCUGGGUUGCAUUCCAUGGUUAGCAGCUUCGGUCAGGAAACGCAUUGCUUAUUCGGAUGCUAGGGAUGAUGAAUUUAACUACAAAGGGAGAUUGUACAAGUUCUUAAUGGGGUGUCUUGUGAUUUCGGUGCUGGCUUUGGUGGUUGAAGUUAUUGCUUACUUCCAAGAUUGGGAAUAUUUAAGUUUAGUUAGUACAGGGGAAGUUCAGAGCUUUAUGCAGUUCUGUUACACCGCCUGGAUGUCCUUCCGAGUUGAUUAUGUAGCUCCUGGAUUUGUAAUGCUUUCUAAGUUUUGCAUUGUCCUUUUCCUGAUCCAAUCCCUCGAUCGGUUUGUGCUUGGUAUUGGGUGGUUCUGGAUCAAGUUCAGGGGUUUGGUUCCCGUUCCAGAAGAACAUGACCUCGAGGACGCCUCAAGCUUUCCCAUGGUUCUUGUGCAAAUUCCUAUGUGCAAUGAGAAAGAGGUGUACGAGCAGUCAAUAUCUGCAGUGUGUGAGCUGGAUUGGCCAAAGGAUCGAUUCAUGGUCCAAAUCUUGGAUGAUUCAGAUGAUGAAGUUGCCCAAGCAUUGAUAAGAGGUGAAGUGAAUUUAUGGAAAGAGAAAGGGGUGAACAUUGUGUACAGACAUCGGUUCAUUAGGACAGGAUACAAAGCUGGCAAUCUUAAAUCAGCAAUGGCAUGUGACUAUGUCAAAGACUAUGAGUUUGUUGCCAUUUUUGAUGCCGAUUUUCAACCAGAACCUGAUUUCCUCAAGAAGACAGUUCCCCACUUCAAGGGAAAGCCCGAUGUAGGACUUGUUCAGGCUCGUUGGUCGUUUGUGAAUAAGGAUGAGAAUCUACUAACUAGGCUGCAGAACAUCAAUUUAUGCUUCCAUUUCGAGGUAGAGCAACAAGUAAAUGGUCAUUUUCUCAACUUUUUCGGAUUCAACGGCACGGCCGGUGUGUGGAGGAUCCAGGCUUUGGAAGAAUCUGGUGGAUGGCUGGAAAGAACAACGGUAGAGGACAUGGAUAUUGCAGUCAGAGCUCACUUGCAAGGCUGGAAAUUCAUAUACCUCAAUGAUGUUAGAGUGCUCUGUGAGCUGCCAGAAUCUUACGAAGCUUACAAAAAGCAGCAGCAUCGCUGGCAUUCUGGCCCUAUGCAGCUGUUCAGAUUGUGCAUUCCUGAUGUUAUUUCUUCCAAGAUAUCAAUAUGGAAGAAGAUGAACAUGAUAUUCCUUUUCUUUCUGCUGAGGAAAUUGAUUCUGCCCUUCUACUCAUUCACAUUGUUUUGCAUCGUUUUGCCUCUAACAAUGUUCGUUCCAGAGGCUGAAUUACCUGCCUGGGUUAUAUGUUACGUCCCUAUAAUCAUGUCCAUAUUGAAUAUUUUACCCGCACCCAAAUCCUUCCCGUUUUUGAUCCCCUACCUGCUGUUUGAGAACACAAUGUCCGUGACAAAGUUCAAUGCAAUGAUAUCCGGGCUGUUUCAGCUAGGAAGUGCAUACGAAUGGGUGGUCACCAAGAAGACCGGCCGAUUAUCUGAGUCGGAUUUGUUUGCCUUGGGUGAAAGGGAAGCAAAAGCUUCGAGUGAAGAAAAAAUACAGAGGACCCUGUCUUCAGAAUCCGGUCUGGAAUUGCUGAGCAAAAUGGAGAAGAAAGAAGAAGGGGGAGGAGGAUUGGUGAAGAAGAAGAAGAGGAAUAGGAUUUACAGGAAGGAAUUGGCGCUGGCUUUUCUGUUGCUGACAGCAGCUGGGAGAAGCCUUUUGUCGGCGCAGGGAAUUCAUUUCUACUACUUACUGUUUCAGGGGAUAUCGUUCCUUAUUGUGGGUUUGGAUUUGGUCGGGGAACAAGUGAGCUGAAUUUACGGGUCAAAACCCCACAAAUUUUUGCUUUCUUUUUCAAGACUCAUUUUUUUAUUUCUUGGAUUGUCAUCCUUUGUAAUUCACUGCCUACACACUAUUGACUAUACUAAAAGGUUUCUUCUUCCCACCCCACCCCCCUUUUUCCCCAUUUCUUUUUCUUUUCCCCUUUUUUUAUACAAAAAAAAAGAAAAGAAUUUGUUGAGAGAGACUAGAGAGAUAUUUACUGGAGUGGUAAAAAGUUGCCACCAUCUUAGAAGAAGAUAAUUUUGUUGUACUCCUAUUCAAUAAAUGAAUUAUUUGAUGCUGAUUUGACAGCUGAAAAUGGAU